AUGAAGCCGAGUAUGAAGAGCAUCGAAACCGCGGACGACUGGUCCGACAAGGAUCACGAUGAUAACAUGGACAAGCUGCAGGACAGCUGGAAGGACGACGAGGAGGUGGAUUACCACCACAGCUCCUCUCACAUGAGCAAUCGCACGGACGACUCCACGUUCAGCGACAGCGGCCACGAGUUGGCCAAAGGAGAGACCCGAGCGGUGCUGGGAUUGCGUGUGGUUGUCAUUCUCGUGUUGAUUUGUGCCGCCAUUGCCAUUACCCUCGUGGUCUGGUUCACCACCACCAAGACUCAGGACGACGACUUGGCGUCCAACUUUGAGGGUGCCGCCACGAAACUCCUCGAGAGUUUCCGUCAAAUCGUCGACACCAAACUCGGGGCGGUGGCAGGACUCAGCCAACGCUCCGCAUCGACACGCAGUUUGUCGGGGGUCCUCUUCUUUGAACUCUUGCCGUUCGUGUCCAUCGAGAACCGCGAGACAUGGGAAGAAUACUCUGUCGCGAACAAAGGAUGGCUCGACGAGGGGAGAGCCUACCAGAAAUCGAUUGGGAUGGAUCUGUUUGCACUGGCUGGGGACGAACUCAGUAGCAGUACCAGCCACAACGUCGACGGGGUCACGCGUCGUCUCGCCGAGUCGGAACUGAACUUUACCACUGGCGCUUCAGGGGACUCUCCCAUUGCGGACAAGAUUUGGAUGUUCCACGAAGAGACGUUCGAGCCCGUUUCGGACUAUUCCGAGGGCCCCUGGUUUCCAAUCUGGCAAAGUUCUCCCGUCCUCAAGGCACCCAGAGACCUGUCCAACUGGAACGUCCUCCACUUCCCCGCAUAUGGCAACUACCUGGCGUUCGCGGCAGAAACCGCACAAGCCGUCAUUGGAGGCAUGGCCACGUCACCACCCGGAGACAUGAACCACAACGAUCUCACGACCAGCUUCUUUGCCUACAUUGCGAGCUACACGGCGGGAGAGCCCGUCGAAUAUGCCGGAGACCCCUUUUCCAGCUUUUACAUUCCCGUCUUUGAUACGUUUGACGAGGACCGCCAACUCGUCGCCGUCAUUCUCGGAGUCCUCCAAUGGGCAGACUAUUUCAUCGACGUCCUUCCUCCCAAUCUCCCUCCUGUCGCGGUCGUCAUUGAGAAUACCUGCGAAGGAGCUUUCUCAUUCGAAGUUAGUGCCGAUGAAGUCACCUAUUUGGGACCAGGAGACCUUCACGACGAACGUUACCAAGACAUGACCCAGUCGUCCGGCUUCAAUUCCGUCAUCAAGCAAGGGAGUCUCGAACUGGGACUCAACCAGAGUUUGUGCGAAUAUACCCUUCACGUGUAUCCCACGGAAGAGUUCCACAACGAAUACAAGGACCACAUGCCCCUCUUUAUCACUCUCAGUGUGGCGGCCGUCUUUUGUUUUGUCGUCUUUCUGUUUCUCCUGUACGAUCGACUCGUGGAACGACGCCAAAAAGUCGUUAUGACCACGGCCACCCAGCAAAAUGCCAUUGUCUCGUCAUUGUUUCCCUCCCAAAUCAAGGACCGGCUCUUGGAAGCACAGGGAAGCGGUGACGCCAGCAAGGGCAUGGCACUGUCGCAAAACGGUGAUGCGAUGGGCCGACCCUUGGCCGAUCUCUUUCUGGAAACGACCGUCCUCUUUGCCGAUAUCAGUGGCUUUACCGCAUGGAGCAGCAUUCGAGAACCAACCAUGGUCUUUACGCUCUUGGAGAAGUUGUACUCUGAGUUCGACAAGAUCGCCAAGCGAUGGCGCGUAUUCAAGGUCGAAACGGUGGGGGAUUGUUACGUGGCCGUGGCGGGGUUGCCCGAAGCCAAUCCAAAGCAUGCUGUGGUGGUGGCACGCUGUGCCGCAGACAUUGUCAAGAAGAUGAAGACCUUAACCCGAGAUCUGGAAAUCUCUCUGGGAGGAGGGACUGGUGAACUCGGACUCCGUGUAGGCAUCCACAGUGGACCAGUAACAGCUGGAGUGCUGCGUGGGGACCGAGCCCGCUUCCAGUUGUUUGGGGAUACCAUGAACUGCUGUUCGCGCAUAGAGACGAGUGGGGAAGCUGGUCGAAUUCAUUGUUCCAUGGAAACUGCCGAGCUUCUCAAGAAGGAGGGCAAAGAAGCUUGGCUAGAAAAGAGGGCUGGCGGAUGCCAUUUGAAGGGACUGGGAGAGAUUGAGACGUACUGGAUCAACAUCAACACAAGCCCAAGGUACGGUGAUGGAAGCUCCCGCGAGUCCGAGUCGGAUGCGGUUACUAUGCAAGAGGGUGCUCUUUAUGGCAUGAACGAAAAGAAGCAACGAUUGAUCUUGUACAACGUUGACCUUUUGCUGAACCUGAUGAAGAAUGUGGUAGCCCAAAGGGGUACCGGUAGCAAGAAACAGGCAACGAAUUCGACUAUCAAGAGAUCCUCCUCCCACGAUGGUUCUACUCCUAUUGAACCCAGGACCCUGCCUUUGGACGAGGUGGCCGAGAUCAUUCAUCUGCCAGACAAGCCAUCUGCUCAGCAGAACCCAGCCAACGUCGUCAUUCCCAAGGAGGUGGAAGACGAACUGCGCGAUCUCGUUACUACCAUCGCUGGCAUGUACAGAGACAACGCCUUCCACUCGUUCGAGCAUGCCUCCCAUGUGUUGAUGGCGGUUCACAAAUUAAUGAGCCGUAUCGUGGCGCCAGUCUCUUUUAACCCCUCUGCCGUUAAGGACGAAAAGGAGAUGUACUCUGCUUUGCACGACAACACGUUCGGUAUCACAAGUGAUCCAAUCACUCAGUUUGCAUGUGCCUUUAGUGCGCUGAUCCAUGAUGUCGACCAUGUUGGAGUUUCCAAUGCCCAGCUUGUCAAAGAAGGAGUCCCCAUCGCCAAGCUCUACAAGGAAAGGAGUGUUGCUGAGCAGAACUCGUUGGACCUUUCCUGGAAUCUUCUCAUGAGCGAUCGGUUCACAAAGCUUCGUGAGCUGCUCUUUCCAACCAGGCAAGAUCGUCUCCACUUCCGCCAGCUCGUGGUGAACUCUGUCAUGGCAACGGACAUUGUGGACAAGGAUCUCAAGCAACUGCGAAACAACCGCUGGGAUGUGGCGUUCAAGAAGGGAGAAGGGGCCGAUCAUGUAGAUGAGAACCCCAAGGAUGAGGUCAAUCGAAAAGCCACCAUUGUGAUUGAGCAUAUCAUCCAGGCUGCUGACAUCUCCCAUACAAUGCAGCACUGGCAUGUCUACCGAAGAUGGAACCAGAACCUGUUUGAGGAGUUGUAUGUGGCCUAUUUGAAUGGAAGGAUGGAGAAAGAUCCCGCCACAUUUUGGCAUAAAGGCGAGAUUGGCUUCUUUGAUUUCUACAUCAUCCCUCUGACAAAGAAGUUGAAGGAGUGUGGAGUAUUUGGUGUCUCCAGUGGAGAGUUCCUGAACUAUGCCAUUGCCAACAGGGCUGAAUGGGUACUCAAAGGGGAAGGCAUCGUGGAAGAGAUGAUUCUUACUGUCCGAAAGAAAUAUGGAGACAAGGAAACUGGAUUGAAGUCGAGUGCUCGCUCUGACGAAGUAAGAGCAAGCAGCCUUGGAGUUGGUGGCAUGGCGCCCUAA